CACUCUGCACUUGCUUCUGUCUGUGCUUCUUUGCACUAGCACAGCUUGUAGUGGGGGGAGAGAAAAGGAAAAUACCAAGAAGAGCGGGAUAGAAUACAGGCGACAACGGAAUUAUCUCAAGCAUGGCCACCCGAGCAAGCAGCAUGUUGAGGCUGCAGGCGAUCACGACGCGUGCAAAGACGCCGACGCGAGCGGUAAACUUCAACCAAGCGCCUCCUACGUCGCGCUCGCUCGUGACAAGGUCGAAGACCAGCCUUCGCAUCAAGCAAGACACCGUCAGCCCGCUUUACCGGUUUGGUGGAGUUCAUGGUUCUGGCUCUGGGCAAAAGACAUGGCGCAACAAACCACUAUUUCGACGGGAGGGGGACCAGCAAUUCAGGACCGGCGCUGAGGCGACCGAGAUGCUUCUCCAAGAAGCUCUCCGCAAAGAUCCUCACUCAACAGACUUUUUGGAGUCUCUGCAAGACCUACUUCCAGCCCUGGCUCCCGUCUUUGACCGGGCUCCUAAGUACGCUUGGAUCGCCAAGCAGCUUCUGGAGCCGGAGCGCGCCAUUCAGUUCCGUGUGGCCUGGCUAGACGAUAACGGGAACUCCCGAAUGAACCGUGGGUUCAGGGUCCAAUAUUCCAGCGCGCUUGGGCCAUACGAAGGUGGACUACACUUUGUCGGGGGUAUGAGCAGCGAUGGUUGCAAGGCGCUCGGGAUGGAAACUGUCUUUGCUAACGCCCUCACCGGAAGCAACUUGGGGGCCGCGGCAGGCGGAGCCGACUUCAACCCCCACAACAAGAGUGAAGCAGAAAUUCAGAGGUUUUGCCAAAGCUACAUGACCGAAAUGACCAAGUACAUCGGACCAGACUUGGACGUGCCAUCAAUGGGUUAUGGAGUCGGGCUUCCCGAGGUCGGGUACUUGUACGGUCAGUACAAGCGAAUCAACGAUCACGUGGCCCAGCGUGGGAGGGGAGUGCUCUGGGGAGGUGCAAUGCCCUAUCCCGAGGCGACCGGGUACGGUGUGGUGGAAUUUGCUAGGUGCAUGCUGGAAGACAAGGGUGACUCGCUCAAGGGCAAAAGAUGCCUAAUUACGGGCUCAGGAAAGGUGGCGGUUCAUGUUGCAGAGAAGCUGCUGCAGCUUGGUGCCAUUCCGCUCACGUUCUCGGACUCAAGUGGACACAUCUACGAACCAGAGGGUAUCGACUCGGCGAAGCUCCGCACCAUUGUCAAGAUCAAGUCCGAGAGAGGAGCGCGGGUGGGGAGAUACAUUAUCGCAUCGACGACCGCGCAGUAUACCGAGCCGGCGAACAUUUUCGACAUCCCUUGUGACUUGGCCUUCGCAUGCUCUCACCGGAACGAGGUCGACGAGACAGCAGCAACACUGCUGGCUGACACCGGGUGCUCUGCUGUAAUCGAGGGAGCCUCAGCCCCGUGCACUAAGGCGGCCAAGGCAGUGUUCCGCAAGCGUGGGCUCUUGUUUGCACCUCACGUGGCUACACUGGCCGGGAGCGGCAUAGUCAGCGGGCUAGCCCUUGCCACCAACCCCGUGGGAGCCAAGGAAAACAUUCACGACAGGGUUGAAGAAAAAAUGAAAGAUAUUUUCGCUGAUGUCAAGGCAACAGCUACCGAAUUCAACGCUCGAGGGGACUAUGGAGCAGGUGCUACCAUCAGCGGUUUCAUGAAAGUUGCCGACGUCAUGUUGGCCCACGGGGCAGUCUAGGCACGUUUUGCGAGACAGCCAUGUACCGCGACUAGCCGAGCGCUGGAGUUGCCUUCUUUGUCCCAGAGGCCUGAAACUUGAGUUUUGUUGGGUGCCCCAGAAUUUCCUGUAGAUGCGUGACCGAAACACUCAACUUUCGAGGGUCUACGGUAAAGAGAUAGGUGCACUGGGCACAUAGCACCGUUCAACGCCGAGGUGGUAAUGUGAAUUUUUAUUUAGGAGGAAAGGAAAUAGCGAUCCAGAAGUAAACAACAAGCGGUCAUUGGGUGUGCUCAAAAGCGCCGCACACACCCUCCUAGGAAUAGGACACGUCCGUCCCCGAACAGAAUGCUGGGUUGUGUUGAAAGGUGUUCACUUCCCGUUGAGAUGCCCAGUUUGUGAGCUGUUGUCAAAGACAUCAAAAACACGUUGAAGCGCAGCGCUGAGUCAUACGAUAAGGAGUGUUGAUCACAUAGGUGUACUGUCGAGAAAUCUUGCACACAAAGGGGGUGCGCAAAAUUUGUUCGUGAACCAACAAGGAAGUUCACGGACGGAUCUUGUAUAAUAGUUCACGGAUGAUCAUCAGUGAUUUUGUCUAAUAGAGAGAGAAAUCGUUUCGAGCUUGAUAUACUGGUGCUGCUGUGCCCGGUGUUGAGAGUCGCCUACUCUUUGUCUGGCUACAUUUCUCGGUUAUCACAAGUUCGUUUUCCAGGUGAACGCGCGCACAAUAAGCGCCCACUUAGGGAUUGGUUUGUUGAAUUUUCCGCUUUCAGAGGAGCGUAUAAUGUCUCCACAGGGUUUUCCCCCCGUCUGACAAAGUGAAAGUAAGGAGACCUCUCAUUUGUUUUAGGAGUUUUUUUUUGGGGGUUCUUUCAAUAUUAUCGAGUUUGUGGUGGUUUUUCUGGGUCAUUACGCUAUUUGAUUUUUCGACGUGUGUUGGCCUGUGACCACCAAGGAAGGCGUCCGCGUCAGUUGGACCACCUCUCUCUGUUCUCUGGGUGGUCUAUUUGUAGCAAAACCGUCCGUUAACAUGUAUCUCUCCGUUGCUGCUGUGAUGUGAAGGUCCUACCUUCCAUUCUUGUUGAUGUGUCGAAAGGUUUCUCCGGAGGUACUGUUGUUGCGACAGGUAGAUAUACAUCCCAGACGCGCUCAUUGCAUAUCGUCAGAUUCGAAAUAUGACGUCUGGUAUGCUUUGUCAAAGUCGUGGUGUCAGGAAAGUCUAUUAAUACAGCACCAAGUCGCGAGUG